AUGUGCAGUAGCUCAUUGCGAGAACUGACAGUUGAAUCAGUAUAUAACGACCCAACACUUGCAAUUGGGGAACCUAAUCUAUUCGGCCAAGGCAUCCUGACCGCCACUCUUCCUUACGGCACCUUCACCGGCGCCUAUUCUUCCACGUACAACCUCUCCUACUGGACCAAGAUACCCUUUGCCGCCCCUCCCACUGGCGUCAACCGUUUCCGCGCCCCUCAGCCGCCCCUCCCCAUCACAAAUGGUGUUUAUAACAGCACUCAACCCUUUGACUUCUGCCCUCAGCGUACCGUCAAUGGGAGCGAAGACUGUCUGUACCUCGGUCUCUACGGCCGUCCCUGGAGUACAGGUCAACCUCUACGCCCAGUAGUGGUAGUCUUCUUUGGCGGAGGAUUUAUCGAAGGCGGCGGAAGCUUCACCAUUCCGCCAGCGGGAUAUCCGGUGCUGAAUGCAAGUGCGAGCAAUGACUUCAUCUUCGUGUACCCCAAUUACCGGGUUAACGCUUUCGGGUUACUGCCCGGGAGGGAAGUGGCGGAGGAUGAGGAAAGUGAUUUGAAUGCUGGAUUGCUGGAUCAGCAGGCGGCGCUGCAAUGGACGCACUAUUACAUCCAAGCAUUUGGUGGAGACCCGAGAAAUGUUAGCAUCUGGGGGCAAUCCGCCGGCGGUGGUUCGGUAGUAGCGCAAGUCAUCGCAAACUCCGGCAACACACAACCACGCCUUUUCACCAAAGCCUUAGCCUUCAGUCCAUUCUGGCCGAAGACGUACCGCUACGACGAUCCGCAAGCGCAGUCCAUCUACGACACCAUGGCAAAUCUUACCAACUGCACCGGCCCGAAUUCCUUGCAGUGUCUGAAGACGGUCGACGUCCAGACGAUUCGGACUGCAGCGUUGUAUGUCAGCGGAAGUCAUACUUACAAUACCUCUUCUUACACCUGGGCGCCGGUGAUUGACGGGAGCUUUAUCGCGGAGCCACUUUCGCUGGCUACGGUGAAGGGCAAGGUGAAUAUUGACCUAGGCUGGGGCAUGUAUAACUUACACGAAGGGCAAAACUUUGUUCCUCCUGGGCUGCAGAACGCCAUUAACACCGCGUUGGCGGGCUCUCCAUCGUACAAUAAUUCGGAAGCGUCGUUCGAAGCAUGGCUGAGAGGAUAUCUGCCGCAGUUCUCGGGACAGAAUCUGAGGACGGUGGAGGCGCUGUAUCCCACUACGGGCACGGCGGAGGAGUUGAGCUAUAACACAACCUUCGUCCGAGCAGGUUUAAUCUACAGGGAUACCGUCCUUGCCUGCCCGGCGUUCUGGAUGGCCACCGCAAGCCACAAGCAUGCUUAUGUGGGCGAGUACACAAUCAGUCCGGCGACACAUGCAAGUGAUACGGAAUGGUGGAACCAAGUCAACGCUAUACAGCAACAGCAACCCUUCAUCUACGACGGGUUUACAGGCGCUUUCGCGAGUUUCUUUCAGACAGGCGAUCCGAAGGCGCAUAAACUGACCAAUGUUUCUGUGGUGGGCGUUCCGGAAUAUAACGAGACAGGAGAGCAGUUUGUCAUUGGCGCCAAUGGGUUUGCGAAUGUCAGCACGGCCAUGUUGGAAGUGAGGUGUGCCUUUUGGAGGAGUGUUGGUGCGCAGAUACCGGUCUGACGAGAUGAAUGUUGGCAACGGUACUACACGACGCUCGGUGGACACUCAAAUGGGAGGUGUAGAACAGAGGUAAGGCUCCAUGCGACAUGCGACAAGUCAUUUGCAAACGCGAACUGAAUGCACGUGAUUGGUCUCGUUUGCUAUCUCUCACAAGCUGUGAGUCAUAGCCUUGCGCUGCUCCGGUGAAUGCAGCAAGCACAAUUGCGGCCUCACAUUGUCGCGCUUAUCGU